GGCGCGGGGCCCGGGGCGGUCGGUUUGGAGUGGCCUUUGGAGUCCGUCUCCUACACCGUCCGAGACCCCAGCCAGCACGAGUUGCAGCCUCCGCCAGGAGGGCCUGGGGCCCUAAGCCUGCGCUUCCUCAACCCCCAGGAAGCCCAGCGGUGGGCAGCCCUGGUUCGAGGUGCCACGGCGGAGGGACACAAUGGCAGUGACACCCUGCCUCCAGCCCUGGGCCCAGAGACGUGCCCUGUUUCCCCACCCAGUCCCCCUGAAGCGCACACACUCAAGGCCCCCAAGAUGGAUGGUCCAAGUUCUGGAGACUUGAUGGAGAAAGAAGAGCUGGCAGGGCGCCUGGCCCAGGCCAUUGAGGAUGGAGAUGGGAAGGGGGCAGCCCAAGCUGCAGCCCUCCUGGCCCAGCAUCAUGUGGCCCUCAGUGUCCAGCUCCAGGAGAGCUGCUUCCCUCCUGGCCCCAUCAGGCUACAGGUCACAGUGGAAGAUGCUUCGUCCUCUGCCCACGUCUCGCUGCAGGUCCACCCCCACUGCACCAUCUCGGCCCUCCAGGAGCAGGUCUUCUCGGAGUUUGGCUUCCCACCAGCUGUGCAGCGCUGGGUCAUUGGCAAGUGCCUGUGUGUGCCCGAGCGCAGCCUCGCCUCCUACGGGGUCUGGCAGGACAGGGACCCUGCUUUCCUCUACCUGCUCUCAGCCCCGCGAGAAGCCCCAGGACACAGCCGUCAGCGCCCCCAGAAGAUGGAUGGGGAACUAGGCCGCCUGUUUUCUCAGACACUGGGGCUGCCCCGAGCUCCUCAGCCAGCCAGCUCCAGCCUCCCCAGCCCCCUUCAGGUAGACAGGAGCCAGCCCGGCUGGCCCUGCCCUUCCUGCACCUUCAUCAACGCCCCGAGUCGGCCUGGCUGUGAGAUGUGUAGCACCCAGAGACCCUGCGCUUGGGACCCGCUUCCUGCAGCCUCUACCCAGCAGUCGCCAAUGGUCACAAGGAGAGAGGACGGCCCUUCCCUUCCCGGCCCAAGGUCCCUGGAUGCCCUUCUGAACCUCUCAGGGGACCUCCACUGACAGCUCCCUGGGGACAGAUCCUGAGAUGCGGGGAGAGGCCAUGAGCCAAAGACAUUAAAGAUUCUUCUGAGCCA